GAGCGCGUCACCGGCGCCGCCAGACGCGCCGCGCUGCCCAAUCGGCGGAGGCGCAGGGACAUAAAAGUGCGGCUCCAGCUCCGCGCGCGCGGAUCGGGGGCUGGAGGUCGGGGCGAGCGGGCGCCCCCCGUGCGCGGAGAGCCUCAGGGGUCCCUCCCCGGACCGCCCCGCGCCCGCCAGCCCGCCCGCAGCCCGGCGGGGACACCCGGACGGCGCGUUCCCAGGCGCCGAGGCUCCAGCAAAAUGGUCCCGCGCUGGACGCUGCUCCUCCUCCUCCUCCCCUUGGCGGGGGCCACGGAGCGCCCCGGAGGCCGGGAGGACGGCCCGGGCCUGGCGGCGACCCCGGCCGCGCCCAACGCCUCGCACUUCUGGAACAACUACACCUUCUCCGACUGGCAAAACUUUGUGGGCGGGCGGCGCUACGGGGCCGAGUCCCAGAACCCCACGGUGAAAGCGCUGCUCAUCGUGGCUUACUCCUUCAUCAUCGUCUUCUCGCUCUUUGGCAACGUCCUGGUGUGUCAUGUCAUCUUCAAGAACCAGCGAAUGCACUCGGCCACCAGCCUCUUCAUCGUCAACCUGGCCGUCGCCGACCUGAUGAUCACGCUCCUGAACACCCCCUUCACUUUGGUCCGCUUCGUGAACAGCACAUGGGUGUUCGGGAAAGGCAUGUGCCACGUCAGCCGCUUCGCCCAGUACUGCUCCCUGCACGUCUCUGUCCUGACGCUGACAGCCAUUGCCGUGAACCGCCACCAGGUCAUUAUGCAUCCACUGAAACCCCGGAUCUCCAUCACAAAAGGUGUCAUCUACAUCGCAGUCAUCUGGACCAUGGCUACCUUCUUUUCACUCCCACAUGCUAUCUGCCAGAAAUUAUUUACCUUCAAGUACAGUGAGGACCUUGUUCGCUCCCUAUGCCUGCCAGACUUUCCUGAGCCAGCUGACCUCUUCUGGAAGUACCUGGACUUGGCCACCUUCAUCCUGCUUUACAUCCUACCCCUCCUCAUCAUCUCUGUAGCCUAUGCCCGUGUAGCCAAGAAGCUGUGGUUGGGCAACACAAUCGGCGACGUGACCACGGAGCAGUACCUGGCCCUGCGGCGCAAGAAGAAGAAGACCAUCAAGAUGCUGAUGCUGGUGGUGGUGCUCUUUGCCCUCUGCUGGUUCCCCCUCAACUGCUACGUCCUCCUCCUGUCCAGCACGGCCAUCCGCGCCAACAAUGCCCUCUACUUCGCCUUCCAUUGGUUUGCCAUGAGCAGCACCUGCUACAACCCCUUCAUCUACUGCUGGCUUAACGAGAACUUCAGGGUGGAGCUGAAGGCAUUACUACGCAUGUGCCAGAGGCCACCCAAGCCUCAGGAGGAGAGGCCACCCUCUCCAGUCCCUUCCUUCAGGAUGGCUUGGACAGAGAAAGGCAAGGGGCGGAGGGCUACGCUAGCCAACAACCUCCUGCCCUCCCCCCAGCUCCAGUCUGGGAAGACAGACCUAUUGUCUGUGGAGCCCAUUGUGGCGAUGAGUUAGAGGAGGGUGGGAAGAGGCAGAGGGGAGGGCUCUGUCUACAGCUGAGAUUGGGAGAGAGCCUGAGGACAGAGCCUGGAAAAGAGCCUGUCCUCUCAUACAUGACCUUCACCAUGCUGGAAACAAGUUCCUGCAGAAGCCAUAGGACUCUUGAGUUCCUAGGAAACUGCUUAGCUUCCUGGCCACAUUUGAUGUGAAGACUAAAAGGCAUCUACCAACUAGACAUAUGUUUGUGAAUUUCUGUCUGAGAAAUGCUGUGAGGAAUAUCACCCCGGUUCCUGAGCCAGAGAACAAGACAACUUCAGCCCAGAUGGAGGCUGAGUCAGUCAACUGCCUCCCACUGUCAGGCAGCUGCCUUACCUCCCUCCCUGCCACUGAGCAUCCUUAAGGACACCUGAGUCAUAUUUGGGUGUGGCUGACCCAGAUGCACAGAGCUGUGCUUGAAGAAGCUCGUUGCACAGUUCAAGGUUAGCGAACCAGAGUUGGCACAGAUGUUUUCACGCCUCACUCUCUGAAGUCAUGGGACCAGGGUGGAUCACAAUUUUGUCGUAGCCUGGCCUGAUAUUUGAUAAGAAAGGAACAAUUUGGUUGCUUAAAACAACAACAAAAAUUAUUAUUAAAACUUUGGAAAAUUCAGAAAAGCACAAAGAAGAAAAUAAAAAUCACCCCCUUCUCCCUACGUGUGAUAAGCUGUUAGCUGUGGAUUUAUUUGCAACUUUUUCUUUCGUGCCUGCGUGUGAUUCAUUUCAUGAUGAACUGCACUUUGCCAUGCAGGGAUAAGCAAGAAACGGGCACAGCAGAGAACCCUUGAGCCUCUCUCCCAGGAAUAGUGUCCACCACUAACAGGAGAGUUAGAAGACGAGGUGGGAGAGGAGCUCCAGGAGAAGACUGUCACAGAGCAGUCAGACUGCCUUCCUCUUGUAGUCAGUGGUGAGGGGGGCCUGGCUGAAGUAACUCUUUUCAGAUGGUGGCCAUUGUGAUGAGCUGGGAACAAAGCUCACCCAAGAGCCACAAUUCCUUCUCUCCUGGAAUCACACAGAAUGGGAGGCAGAAAGCCUUGCCCUGCUUUCACAGGAGAUGAGGGAGCAGACUUUCCAACAUGCUGGAAAUCAUUGUAAGACACCUCACACCCCCUCCCCCAAUCUAUCUAGAGAGGCCAUUUCUCUGUGUUGCCUAAAUAGUAAGGCUUCUUUAUUUUCUUCAUUGUCAGCAUCACUUACAGAAACCUGUGCCAUCAUUGUGAUGGUCCUUCAGGACUCAACGUGCCAGAGAAACCUCAUUCCAGAGACUGAGCGUUUCAUCACCUUCUAUCUAAAAGACGCCUCAGGCAGAAAAGAGCUUCAUUCACCAGCCUGACAUCUGGGUUCUGGGUUGCAACUCUCACCGGUUUUAGCUUUCUUCUAGCACCAGACAGAUCCAGAAAGCAAAGCAUGCUUAUGGAGCAGAGUGGGAAACUCAGGUUUGGGGAGAAGGGGUUUCUCCAAGGUUCACUUAGAUCACGUGGCUGUUAAUGGAAACUGAACUUGGUCCUAUCACUUGCUUCCCUAUAAUGAACCAUGGGACUUUGUUAUACUAUUCUAUUUAUGAGGAAGUUUGAAACUUUUCAGGAUGUAAAGUUUUGAAAAAAAUCAUCUUUUGAACAGUGGGUAAGAAAGUGACUUUCAUGGAACAGAGCUGUCUGAAUCCAUAGGGAUCCCCAGGUGGGUUUUUCUGUCCAAAUGGCUCCCAUGUCUGUUGGGGUCCAGCCCCAGCAGGUCCAGUGGUUCCCAAAGGUGUGGACGGAGUCGGCGAAGAAGGAAUGGCAUGGAGACAGUGUUCAGUUGAUCAGCAGCCUAGCCAGCUUCUCCCUCCAGGUUCUCUAGCUAGAUUCUCUCUUUAUUCUCCCGUUAUAUCUGUAUUUAUACCAUUUGAUUUUAAUCCUAUCCAUUCUAUUCCAAAGGUUAGGGCAUUUGUUAUCUCCAUUCCAAGGUCACUACUCUACUGUUCUGUUAAGCUACAAGGAAGUAACUGAAGGAGAUUAUCCUAAGUAAAGAUUAUGUAGCUUAAGCGUGAUUGUUCGUAGUUAAGGUGAUUAAAUACCCGCCUGGCACUUAGUUAAGGGGUUUUACUGAUUUAUUCCCUUCCUUAGUCCUGUUAAUCCCUAACUCCAGGGAAAAAUUCCCACCUGGGGAAACAACCUUUCUCGGAGAGGUGACCCUGGUUAAAACACAUAGCGCUAAGAAGGGGAGCAAACAUAUUAAGAACAGUAUGCCAUAUAUGCCAGGUCCCUUGAAACAUAUGCUAUGCAGAUGUUUCUUCCCUGCAGCAACUGUGUCAAGCAGCAAGCGUGUCUGUGCCUGUUGUCUCUGUAGCAUCGAAAAGUAGCUUAGUGUUGCCAUAGAAAUUCUAUGAACCAGAGAGAGAGUGGGCAGCGGGGCCACCGUGUUCCUGAACUUUGCCUCUCUCUCUCCCAGAGCUUCUAGAAAUAUGGUCGAGUCACAGAGAAGCUCUUUUUGGGGGAAGGACUCACUGUUGGCCCAUUAGGUCUGUGUCUCCCGCCUGUAACUUGUCUGUCCCCCUCCCUAUGUUCCCUACGUGCCUCAGAGCAAAAAGUGAAUUAUAUUGUGAAUGUGAAAUUUGUAAAACUUGAGUCUUUCUAAUGUGCUAUAAUGUGUAUUUUAGUGUACACUGCUCCAUUCUCAAUAAAAUAACUUUGGGUG